AUGGACCGCGACCGCUCCGAGAAAUCCAGGGGACGCGAGCACGUUUUCCCACCCGACUCUGACGAUUGGAAGGAUGGUCCACGUUACGAGAAAGGGCCCGUUGUCGGUACCGAAUCAUAUAUUUCGAACUCUGGGACCUCAUCCUCGAUCCAUCUUGGAGACGUCAACCACUCCAAUACGCCCAACGGAUCAGAUCAAUCACCACCACCCAAGCCUACAUUGACGCGACUACCUUCCGCACAGACCAAGUACAUGGAGAUGCUCUUGCAUCUAGACGAAAUCUCCAGUACGUACAACAUAGUGGCUGCGCUGUUCAGCUGGAUCAUAUUGGCCGGAUUCCUCGUGGUCCCGGGCACUUUUACGACGUUCAAGAGAACAAAAACAUUCCAAGACCUGGACGACGAUGAUAGCAAUGAAGUGGCCCAUGCUAUUGUACACACCGUCGCCAAUAUAGGUCUCUUGUGGCUUGCUGGGGCCUUUUGCGUCGUCGGAGGGCUAGGAUGUCUCUGGCUUUGGUUCCGCUGGCGUCAGAACUACAUCUGGCUCAUCAACCGGAUUUUCUUACCUGUCACGCUCAACUCGGUCGCCGGCUUGAUCACAACGCUUGUGAAUGUCUACACGGCCCAGAAAGGAAUCUGGAGUGUGACGGCCAAAAUCACCGCCAUUGUCACCGGUGCUUGCGUUGGAGCCGCUGGGUUCUUCUUUGCCAUCUAUAAUUUCUGGGCUCUACGGAGAGUGAGAGAGGCACAUGAAAGAGACAUGGGUCUGGGUGAACAAUCUGAACAGGUCUCGGUCGACAUCCUGAAGGGGAAGCCGGCGGCCUCGAGAAGUGCUGUCUGA